UUAGCCCCACUCUUUAAUUACCCUGCUUCUGCUGCUGCUCUGCUUUCACUCUCUCUCUUGAAUCUCUUCUUUGCCUUUUCUAUUUAUUGUGAACCUGUGUGUGCUUACAUUUGGAAUAACCAGGAAAACCUUGUUUCAAUCAAAACACACACCUUCUUCACACGGCUUCCCCUCCCCUCCCCUCCCCAAUCCCAUUUUCUUUCCUUUUUUAAACCUUUUUCUUCAUUUGCUUCUAAUUAUAAACUCUCUGAGAGAUUCCUCUUUGAAACUGCUUACUUGCAUGGGAGUUGAAACGACUGGAUCUCUCUCGAGUUAGACCCCGGUUGCAGAAACUCCGAAGCUACCUCUCUGUUAUCUUUAGACUGCCCCAUUGUAUUAGGGGAUUAUGAAUACUGGUGGUCGGCUCAUAGCCGGUUCUCACAAUAGGAACGAGUUCGUGCUAAUCAAUGCAGACGAGAGUGCCAGAAUACGUUCAGUGGAAGAACUAAGCGGACAGUCAUGCCAAAUCUGUGGAGAUGAGAUAGAGCUCUCAGACGAUGGAGAGUCUUUCGUGGCGUGUAACGAGUGUGCUUUCCCUGUCUGUAGAACUUGCUACGAGUACGAGAGACGCGAGGGCAACCAGUCUUGUCCCCAAUGCAAAACCCGUUACAAACGCAUCAAAGGGAGUCCAAGGGUUGAAGGAGAUGAAGAGGAUGAUGGAAUCGAUGAUCUUGACUUCGAGUUCGAUUACAAAAGCGGGCUUGGAUCAGAACAUGUCUCCGACGGUUUCUCUCGCCGCAACUCGGAGUUUGAUUUGGCUUCUGCUGCACAUAGCUCUCAGAUUCCAUUGUUAACUUAUGGAGAUGAGGACGUUGAGAUAUCUUCAGAUAGACAUGCUCUUAUUGUCUCUCCAUCACCUUCCCAAGUCAAUAGGUUUCAUCAACAACAACCUCCUUAUACCGACACAGCAGCAGCACAUCCAAGACCAAUGGUACCUCAAAAAGACCUCGCCGUCUACGGAUACGGAAGCGUCGCCUGGAAGGAUCGCAUGGAUGAAUGGAAGAAGAAGCAAACAGAGAAAUUCGAGAUGGUUAAACACGACGGAGACAAUUCCAGCUUUGAGUCUGAUAAUGCUGAGAUUCCCAUGAUGGAUGAAGGAAGGCAGCCACUGUCAAGGAAAGUACCUAUAAAAUCAAGCAAGAUCAACCCUUACAGGAUGCUCAUCAUCCUCCGUCUCGCCAUCCUCGGUCUCUUCUUCCACUACCGUAUCCUCCACCCCGUCAGAGACGCUUACGCCCUAUGGCUAGCCUCAGUAAUAUGCGAGAUAUGGUUCGCUGUUUCUUGGGUUCUUGACCAGUUCCCCAAGUGGUAUCCCAUAGAGAGAGAAACCUACCUGGACCGUCUCUCUUUGAGAUACGAGAGAGAAGGGAAACCCUCCGAGCUAGCCGGUGUCGACGUGUUCGUGUCCACGGUGGAUCCUUUAAAAGAGCCUCCGCUCAUCACUGCCAACACUGUUCUGUCUAUCCUCGCGGUUGAUUACCCUGUGGAUAGAGUGGCUUGCUACGUAUCCGACGAUGGUGCUGCCAUGCUUACUUUUGAGGCGUUAUCGGAGACGGCGGAGUUUGCGAGGAAGUGGGUACCGUUCUGUAAGAAGUAUAGCAUAGAGCCUCGGGCUCCUGAGUGGUACUUUUGUCAUAAGAUGGAUUAUUUGAAGAAUAAAGUUCAUCCUGCGUUUGUUAGGGAACGGAGAGCCAUGAAGAGAGAUUAUGAGGAGUUUAAGGUUAAGAUCAAUGCUUUGGUUGCGACUGCACAGAAGGUGCCUGAAGAAGGUUGGACUAUGCAAGAUGGUACUCCUUGGCCUGGUAAUAACGUUCGUGAUCAUCCUGGUAUGAUUCAGGUAUUCCUUGGAAACAACGGUGUACUAGAUGUAGAGAACCACGAGCUGCCUAGGCUGGUUUACGUUUCUCGUGAGAAGAGACCUGGAUUUGACCAUCACAAGAAGGCUGGAGCCAUGAACUCCUUGAUACGAGUCUCGGCGGUUCUUUCAAACGCUCCUUACCUUCUAAACGUGGAUUGUGAUCACUACAUCAACAACAGCAAAGCGCUUAGAGAAGCAAUGUGUUUCAUGAUGGAUCCUCAGUCCGGGAAAAAAAUCUGUUACGUUCAGUUCCCUCAAAGAUUCGAUGGGAUCGAUAAAAACGAUAGAUACUCUAACCGCAACGUUGUUUUCUUCGAUAUUAAUAUGAAAGGUUUGGAUGGAUUGCAAGGGCCGAUAUACGUUGGAACAGGAUGUGUUUUCAGGAGACAAGCGCUUUACGGAUACGAUGCGCCUAAAAAGAAGAAGGCUCCGCGCAUGACUUGUAACUGCUGGCCUAAGUGGUGUUUCUCUUGUUGUGGUGGGAGAAAGAACCGUAAGACGAAGACGGCAGAUAAGAAGACAAAGAAGAACAGGGAAGCCUCAAAGCAGAUACACGCGCUAGAAAACAUCGAAGAGGCAGUGAAAUCACCAGAGGCGGCGCAGCUGAAGCUGGAGAAGAAGUUUGGACAGUCACCCGUCUUUAUAGCGUCUGCUGGUAUGGAGAAUGGUGGGCUUGCUAGCGAGGCUAGUCCAGCUUCUCUCCUCAGAGAAGCAAUCCAAGUCAUUAGCUGUGGAUACGAAGACAAAACCGAAUGGGGAAAAGAGAUUGGGUGGAUCUACGGUUCUGUCACCGAAGAUAUCCUCACGGGAUUCAAGAUGCAUUCUCAUGGCUGGAGAUCAGUCUACUGCACACCCAAGAUACCUGCUUUCAAAGGAUCGGCUCCCAUUAAUCUCUCUGACAGGCUUCAUCAAGUGCUUCGUUGGGCGCUUGGUUCCGUUGAGAUAUUCAUGAGCAGGCAUUGCCCUAUUUGGUAUGGUUAUGGAGGUGGUUUGAAAGGGCUUGAGAGGCUGUCUUACAUCAACUCCGUGGUGUAUCCGUGGACCUCUAUACCACUUCUCGUCUACUGCUCUCUUCCAGCUAUCUGUCUCCUCACCGGGAAGUUCAUCGUCCCUGAGAUUAGUAACUACGCAAGUAUCCUCUUCAUGGCUCUUUUCGCGUCGAUAGCUGUAACAGGGAUCCUAGAGAUGCAAUGGAGUAAGGUAGGGAUCCAUGACUGGUGGAGAAACGAGCAGUUUUGGGUGAUAGGAGGCGUAUCAGCUCACCUCUUCGCUCUCUUCCAAGGUCUCCUCAAGGUUUUAGCCGGAGUCGAAACAAACUUCACCGUCACGUCAAAGGCGGCGGACGACGGGGAGUUCUCGGAGCUCUACCUCUUCAAAUGGACGUCUCUCUUGAUCCCUCCGACCACGCUGUUCAUCAUCAACGUGAUCGGAGUCGUCGUGGGAAUCUCUGACGCGAUCAGCAACGGGUAUGACUCGUGGGGACCGUUGUUCGGGAGACUGUUCUUUGCUCUUUGGGUGAUUCUGCAUCUUUAUCCUUUCUUGAAAGGGUUGCUUGGGAAGCAAGACAGGAUGCCUACCAUUAUUCUUGUCUGGUCGAUUCUUCUGUCGUCUAUCUUGACGCUUCUUUGGGUCAGAGUCAAUCCGUUUGUGGCCAAAGGUGGUCCGGUGCUAGAGAUAUGCGGUUUGGACUGUCUUUGAUUGAUUACAUAUUAAAAAAAAAAGGUUUUAAAUUUCCACAGAGGUUUAAGUAGAGAGGAGAGUCUCGCAGAUUUGUGUUAAUGUGUUGUAUUAUUUAUUGGGGAGAAGAAGAAAAUGGAUUUAGAUAUGUAAUGCUUUUUUUUUCUUCUGAAAGGUGUUGUAUUGUAGAUACAAAGAUGUUCUUUCUAUUUGUUCUUGUUAUAUAUAUAUGUUUUUUUU